UUCUACUGUUUCCUGUACUGUUUAGCCCUUUCUUCAACUAUAGCACUUGUCUCUAGCCUAGUUUCGGCUCAUUUUAGGAAGAAAGGCUCUUUCACAGCUCACACAGAUCACUCAGAUAUGCAGAGGUGCAGUAGUACUAGCUCCCAGGGCCAUGUCAUGGGCUCCUGCUCGUGUGGCUUGUUCCACACCCAGACAAACUCCUCCUUCUCCAUGCUCUUCUCCAUGCCCAACAAGGCUUACGAUCAAUACGAGCCGUCGGAUCAUCACCACAUGUACUCCUUUGCCUCCCCUUCUUCCGUCGACUGUACUCUCUCCCUAGGCACUCCUUCCACUCGUCUCACCUCCGAGGACGGCAGUGACGACAGGCGCGGCGGACGGCACGAGCGACGGUCCGUUUCCAACUUUUGCUGGGACUUGUUACAACCCAAGCACGCUACGUCAGCUCCGAAAAACGGCGGUGGCAACCGCGCCGGUAAUGGCGACUCGCUUCUAGCUCGCCGCUGCGCUAACUGCGACACCACCUCGACACCGCUCUGGCGAAACGGUCCACGAGGCCCAAAGUCGCUUUGCAAUGCCUGUGGAAUCCGGUUCAAGAAGGAAGAGAGACGAGCCACCGCCGCAGCCACCACGUCAGCCAACGGCGCAGCCUCUUCCGGCGGCCAUUCGUGGAUGAACAGCUCCCAGGCUCAGAAAAUGCACUGCUACGCUCCGUCAAUUAACGGUAACGAGUUCCGGUUCAUGGACGAUCACGACAUGAUGACGUCUCACGAACCGGCCGACGCCGGCAUGGGAUUCCUUUCGUGGCGCCUCAACGUCACAGACAGACCAAGCCUCGUUCAUGACUUCACCAGAUGAACUCAUGAACGUGUCCCUCUUGUUCUUCACUACUCCUAAGUUUAGUUUGCUUUAGUUCCAUGUUUUAUGUAAUUUUUUUCUUUUUAACUUCCAACAUUAUAAAUCUACCUACUACUACUGUUACCUACCGACCUUCCUUCCUUCUUCUUCCAUUGUCCCCCUUUUCGCCGUCGCCGGUGGUCCA